CAGCUGGAUACCCAGAGCAAUGACAGGGACCCGAACGCCCAGAGGAUAUGGCCCACCAUCUAAUUUAAAGACGCCGCUGACAGGAUGAGGAGUGACGAGCUGGCCGCGACCAUGGAAGACACCCGCGGGCCGGAAGAUGCUGCGGCUCUGGGCGGCCCGUGCGCGGGGCUGGCGCCGGCGCCUCCCGGCCGCCUGGGGGCGCCAUACUCCGAGGCCUGGGGCUACUUUCACCUGGCCCCCGCGCGCCCGGGACACGCGGCCGGUCAUUGGGCCACCUGUCGGCUCUGCGGGGAGCAGGUGAGCCGCGGCCCGGGCUUCCACGCGGGCACGCCGGCGCUGUGGCAGCACCUGAAGAGCGCGCACGGGCGGGCGGCGGUGGAGCAGGGCGAGCGCGCCCUGGAGCGGAGGCGGAGGGCCCUGCAGGAGGAGGAGCGCGCCGUGGCCCAGGCCCGGCGCGAGCUGCAGGCGGAGAGGGAAGCGCUGCAGACUCGGCUGCGGGAGGUGAGCCGCCGAGAGGGCGCCGCGGCCUUGGCCAUUGCCCCGCAGCAGACUCCGCUGAAAGAGGAGCCGGACGCGGAAAGGGAUGGCUACAUCAUCACAAAGGUCCUCCUGUAGACUCCUCCAGCUUGGUCCAUGUCUUCACCACCAGGGAACAGAGUCUCUGGCGUCCUGAACGCCAGAGGGAAUCAGACUCUCCCUAGUGUGAGGCCUUGAAAGGUUCUUGGGAGGCAAGAGUAGCACCCAGAUUACUUGCACUCUGGACUUCCCUGGGGUGCUUAGGAAUGGAGGCUCCCGUGACUCUCGACUUUCA